AUGGGAACAACGUGGAGAAAAAGAUCUACCGAGCUCGGUACACAACCGAAGAACCAUCGUCAGGAUACCUUCCACAAGUCCAUUGCACCUUAUGUACUCUUAGGACAACUAUUCGGCAUAUUUCCAAUAUGCGGCAUCUUCAGUAAGGAUCCUCAGCAAGUUUACUUCAAAUGGUUUUCGUUUCGCGUAUUCGUUAAUCUUGUGGUGCUCAUCAGUGGUGUGCUCAAUGCAGUGACCGAAUUUAUUCGUCUACAAAAUGUUGGAGUCAAUGCGAAGAACAUCAACGGAGUUAUCUUCUUCAUUGACUGUUGCAUUAUCAAUGUGUUAUUUUUGCACGUGGCUACCCGGUGGAACCGAGUGGCUGUCAUGUGGGAUCAGGUGGAUCGCGUUUUCAUUAAGGAAUCCUAUCGAUUGGCGACUUGGUGGACAAUGGGACGCAAAAUGCGGCUAGCCGUAGCAGUCCUGUUAUUUUUUGCGUUUAGUGAGCACUUGCUGUCAAUUGUAAAUCUUGUGAAUAAUCUGAAGGAGGAAAUCAAAAAUUGCGGCUGGGAAAGAAAUGUGACAGAUUUUUUCAAGCAGUAUUCCCUAAGCAAGUACAAAAAUUUUUAUGACAUGUUUCCCUAUCACCCCCUGUCUGCUGUCUUUCUCAUGUACAUAUCGACUGCACUAACGAUCUUCUGGAAUUAUUUGGAUAUCUUCAUUAUUGCGCUAAGCAUUGGGAUUGCAGGGCGUUUUGAGCAAAUCAAUAUGCUUUUGCGUACCAUGACAGAUGGAGGACUGCUUCCGAAUGAAGCAUUUUGGAUCCGUAUCCGCACGGAUUACGUUUUGGUUUGCGAAUUGCUGGAAACCAUCGAUCGAGUCGUAUCUUGGUUGGUACUAAUUUCGUGCGCUACCAAUCUCUACUUCAUAUGUUUGCAGAUUUUGAAUGUUUCACAAAAGCUGCAAUACAUGCUGAAUGAUGUAUACUACUGGUUUUCGUUGCUAUUUUUGAUAGCACGAACAACAGCUAUGUUCCUAUGUGCCGCCCGUAUUCAUGAAACCGCUAAGAAGCCACAGGAUAUUGUUCUGAAGAUACCAGAUGUAGGCUGGUGUAUUGAGUUGGAACGAUUCGCAAACCAGCUGCAGAAUGAAACGGUGGCCCUUUCUGGGAUGGGAUUUUUCAAUAUAACACGUCAGCUGCUUUUUUCGAUGGCAGGAACGAUCGUGACCUAUGAGCUGGUAAUGUUGAAAUUUGAUAAAGAAUCGGAAGGAAAGGGAUAUGUUCGACCCUGCACUUUUCUCGAUGGGAAAAAGUAG